UAUUAUAGGUGGCAAGGGCAAGCCCACGCUAUAAACAAUUGCAGCCAAAAGUGUGUGCAAUGGACACUGAAAGUGCACAGCAGGCACCUGUCGGAUUAAGCAUCUCCCCGAAGACCUACACAUACGCACUGCACGAAGACCCUCACCGGGCCGUGGCCCCACCAACCGCGAAUGGCGAAACAUUGCUGACGCGCGGGCGUUUUAGCUAUUUUCAUUACGGCUGCGAUGGCCACCAGGAUGCGGGCUGGGGCUGUGGCUAUCGCACCCUGCAAACGGCCAUCUCGUGGCUUAUAAAUAAACGCAGCCAAGCGGCGCAGCAGGUGCCCUCGAUAAGGGAGAUACAGCAAAUAUUGAUCGAACUGGGCGACAAGCCAGCGAGCUUUGGUGGCUCCCGCGACUGGGUUGGCACACUGGAGGAGUUCUACGUGAUUGAUGCGCUCUUCCAGCUGCCCUGCAAGAUUCUGCACACAAAGGAACUCUGCGCCGAGGAAGUGCUCCAGCAGAUACGCAAUUACUUUGUGGAAUACGCGGGCUUCAUACCCAUGGGCGGGCUGAGUGAUGCGGCAUCCAAGGGCAUAGCUGGCUGGCAUGGCACCCCAACGGGCGAAGUCUAUCUGCUGAUUGUGGAUCCGCAUUACGCGGGUGUGCCCGAGAGCAAGCAGCAACUAAUUGACAGCGGCUAUGUCCGCUGGAUGCACACCAGCGAGCUGCAGGCGAGCGCAUACAAUCUGUGUCUCAUGCUGCAGCAAUAAAACGAGGCAAAGCCAAAGCCACAAAUUGAUUAGCAUACAA